GCGACAGCAAAAUUUUCAUUUCUCGAUUGUCCGUCUAAAAUCAAAACUUUUUCUCUUCCCAGAACACCGUCUCCGACGACUGACCGUCUUCCUCCGUCUCUGCUUCGAUCCUAACGACGUCGUCUUGGUCUCGUCGUGAUUCGCCAUACCAAAACGCUGUGUUCUGCCGGAUUUACUUCGCCUCGGUGUUUAUAUGUGAGAAAAAAACAGAGAGAAAGAGAGAGGGGAAUUGACCGUUGAAACGCCAGCGUCUCGGGAUUUGGGGCUUUGAGGGCUCGGUUUGGGGAUUUCUAUGGGGCUCGGAAGCGAUGAAGAGGUUGGGGUUGAAGAAAGCGAUGGUGUUGGCGGUGGCGGUGGUUGUGGAGGCAACUCGUACGGAGGUUCUGUUUCCUGCUCGAUUUGCCUUGAAGUCGUCGCCGAUAAUGGGGAUAGAUCUCGGGCCAAGCUGCAAUGCGGGCAUGAAUUUCAUCUAGAUUGCAUUGGUUCAGCCUUCAAUGUAAAGGGGGCAAUGCAAUGCCCUAAUUGUAGGAAAAUCGAGAAAGGUCAAUGGCUUUAUUCUAAUGGAUGCCGUUCACUUCCGGAAUUGAACAUGGAAGACUGGACACAUGAUGAGGAUCUCUAUGAUUUAAGUUAUUCUGAAAUGUCCUUUGGUGUGCACUGGUGUCCAUUUGGUAGCUUAGCACGACUUCCUUCGUCAUUUGAGGAAGGGGAGUUUUCACCAACCUCGUAUCACGAAAUACUUGGACAGCAUGCUAUCUUCGCUGAGCAUACAGCUGUAUCAUCUGCUGCCCAUCCUUGCCCGUAUAUCGCUUACUUUGGACCAAUUCACCCUUCAUCCUCAAACUCCAGUGGAACUGUGUCAGAUGCUUCCAACUUCAACCAUCAUUGGAGUGGCACAUCUGUACCGAGUGAAAUGCCCAACUCCUAUGCUUUUCCUGCCAUGGAUCUCCAUUAUCACAGUUGGGAGCACCAUUCCCCGCCUUCAUUCUCUACAACCAACAAUCAUAUUGGUGGCGCUGACCAGGCUUCAAUUCCAUCUGUUACUCAAAGAUCUGCUAGGCCAAGCGCAGAAAUAGCAAGAUCGGGAUCUUUUAUGCAUCCAUUCCUUGUCGGUCACAGCUCUAGUGCUAGAGCUGGCAGCUCAGUGACAUCGUCAAUGAUUCCUCCUUAUCCUGGCAGCAAUGCACGGACCCGCGACAGAGUCCAAGCUCUUCAGGCAUACUAUCAACAGCAACAGCCUAGUAAUUCACCAACCAUGCGUACGCCCAUAGUUCACGGAGCCCGAAGAUCCAGCAGUCAAAGAGGGGUGGCUCAAGUAGGGCCAGUGGCUUCAUCAUCAGACCAAAAUGGUGGUUUUUAUAUUUUCCCGUUCGGUUCAUCAGGUCGUAACUACCAAGAAGCUGAAAGUCCGUUACCUAGUCGUUUUCAUCCAUGGGAAAGAGAUCACUUGCCUUCAUUCUCGAUGAAUCAGGUUGACCGAGAUCAAGGUUGGCCUGCUUUUAACCAAGGUGGCGGUGGGUCAGACUCAGCGAUCAGAGGGAGCAGCUUCCGGCAAAGACAUGGGUCUGAGAGGUCAUCUUCACAAAACCGGUUAUAGGCUUUUCUCCCUAUCCUUUUGUUGGUGAAGCAAACAACCACUAUCUAUAACUGAAAUCAAAAGCUAUGUAUGCUUGAAAACGAUAUAUAACGCUUGGCGUCUUGUCAUGUAUCAUGACAAGGCGCCAAAAUACUCUGUCGAGUGGCUCUGAAAACGGUCUUUUUGCAGCCACAUGGUGGUGUGAUGGACAUAACAUUCGUCUAGUUUCUUCGCCUUAAAGUUAAAAUUUGAGCGCCUGCUUGGCCGUGUUUUAUGAUUUUCGGGUCAUCCGAAAAUGUCCCGGUUUUUAACCGGAUGACAAAAACCAACUGUUCUUGAGGAUAAGUAAUCUGUGGGUCAUUUAUUUAUGUCCAGCAACAUAUAUUCCUGCAGUGCCUUGGUUCCUUUUGAACAAUUUGUUGGAUGUACAAGAAAUCAAAUGUUUACUCUCCCGCCAA